CUGAAAUUUUCUUUAAAAAAAAAGGAAAAUAAUUCGAUUAUCGAUAAAAACAGUUUGAAUCGAACAUCAAAAAAUGUUGAACCUCAAUCAAUUUUUUUAAAAUAUUUAUUCAAUUUUCUAUAUUUGAUUAAAAUUUUUUUUAAAUUUUUAACAAAAUUAUUACCAUUUAAAAUUUUACAAAAUUUUUAUUCGAAUUCACCGAAAAAUUGUCUCAUAUUUUUAUUUGUUUUAUGGGUAAUUGGUUUAAUUUUUUUUAUUUAUCAUGAAUUUGGUUUUGUUUUUCUUUUGUUCUCUCUAUUCAUUUUAAUAUUUGUAAAUCUGGGUCAACGAAAAGAAAAUGAGCCAAGUGCAUAUUCAGUUUUUAAUCCGAAUUGUGAGAGAAUUCUUGGUACGUUAACCGCUGAACAAUUUGAAAAUGAAUUGCUUCGUAGAAUGCGAUGA